GAAGGCUACUCCAACGCUCCAAUGUGGUUUCUCUUUAUACAUCUUAAGGCAUGCAAGCCAUGUAUAUAGCUCUGGUGUGUGCAAGCUAGAAUAGUUUUUAGCGUCUAUUUCCCUUUUUAUAAACAGUCUAUGCUACAUUUCCCCAAGAUUUAGAUAUUAGUCAAGCUAACUCCAUGAUUGACAGGUUCUCAACCAACCGUUUCCAGUGGGAAGGCCUUUGCGUAGGAUCUGUUUCCGGAACCAACCAACCACACACACACACAUAUACACGUGUGAGAAAAGCUGGCGUUGAGCGCUAUCUGUACUCUUCUGAAUAUCACCAGACGCAGUGCCCGCGGCAAGCUUGGAUCCGUGAAGAAGUUUCUGAAAGUGUUUGGCAGCUUGGAGACAAGAAGUGUGUCACAGAUCAACCACGGCUUUUUGCUACUUCAGCGCCACAAAUACUUGGCUCUGAUGGCUGAAUCGGAGUCCGUGGCUGUCCCUGUCCAGGUCGGAGAAAAGAGAGGUUGUCCAGAGGAUGAAGAGAAAGACACACCAUCAAAGAAACUCAGAGUUGAGAAGGAUGUUAAGAAUGGAGGCCCUCCCCACCAAGAUGAGGAGGAAGAGCUCGAGGGCGAGGCAGGUGAUGGCGAGGAGGAGGGUGAGACCUUUGCUGAUAUGAUGAAGCACGGCCUCACUGAGUUGGAUGUGGGCAUCCUGAAGUAUGUCAGUGACCAUGAGGGCUUCUCAGGAAUCUUGAAGGAAAGAUAUUCUGAUUUUGUGGUGCAUGAAAUCAACAAACAAGGCAAGAUAGUGCAUUUAGAUGACUCCUCUAUCCCUGUAGAGGCUGAGGAAGUCCCAGAGGCUCAACAGCAGCCACAGGAAUCUGAUGUGCUGACUGAAGAGCAGAAAAAGCAGCUUGGGGAGCUGCAGCUGUUCAAGAAUAAAGAGACCAAUGUCUCCAUGGAGGUGAUAGACGAUACAAAAGAGAAGCGGACAUUGGUCCACAAAGCCAUCAAGACUCAGUUUCCUGGUCUGGAGACAAAAACAGAAGAGAAGGAAGGACGCAAAUUCAUUGUGGCCUACCAUGCUGCUGGGAAGACGGCUUUAGCAGCUCCAAGGAAACAUUUCUGGCCCAAAAACCGGGGCAGUUUCUGCCACUUUGUCCUGUACAAGGAGAACAAGGACACCAUGGACGCUAUCAAUGUGCUUUCAAAGUUCCUCAGGCUUCGACCCAACAUGUUUUCCUAUAUGGGAACCAAGGACAAGAGAGCCAUCACUGUGCAGGAGAUUGCAGUGCUCAAGAUCACAGCAGAGAGAUUGGCUCACCUCAACAAGUGCCUCAUGAACCUCAAGCUGGGAAACUUUUGCUACAAAAACCACCCUCUUAAGCUGGGGGAGCUGCAGGGGAACCACUUCACUGUGGUAAUCAGGAAUAUCUCAGGAACAGAUGAACAGGUCCAUCAGGCCAUGACAUCCCUCAAGCAGACAGGCUUCAUCAACUACUAUGGCAUGCAGCGCUUUGGCACCACAGCUGUGCCUACACAACAAGUUGGCAGGGCUAUCUUGAAAAAUGAUUGGAAUGAGGUGGUGGAUUUAAUUCUGAAGCCUCGUCCUGGCGCAGAGAAAGAAUUCCUGGUCCGCUGCAGGGAGGAGUGGGCAAAGACUCAGGACCCAGAGGCAGCCCUGAGAAAGCUGCCCAACAAGCGCUGUGUGGAGGGGCAGCUGCUGAGAGGCCUGUCUAUGUAUGGCAAGAAGAAUAUCGUCACUGCUUUUGGACUGAUUCCUCGUAACAACCGUCUGAUGUACAUCCACAGCUACCAAAGCGUUGUGUGGAACACCAUGGUGAGCCGGAGAAUCGAAGCCUUCGGCCUGAAGGCUGUGGAGGGGGACCUGGUGCUCAGAGGAACCACAGCACACAUCCUGUCUGCAGAAGAGGCUGAGACUCACUCCAUCCAUGACAUUGUGAUGCCACUUCCUGGGUUUGAUGUCAUCUACCCCACUCAUCACGUGGGUAAAGGUUACAGAGAACUGCUCUCUGCAGAUGGGUUGGACAUCGACAACAUGAGACACAAAGUGAAGGAUUAUUCUCUGGCUGGAGCCUACAGACGCAUCAUCAUCAGACCCAGUGAUGUCAGCUGGGAGGUGAUUCAGUAUGACGAUCCCAGGAUCUCCCUAGUGCAUAGUGAUUUUGAGAAACUGGAGAAAAAACCCGCUCCUGUCUUCAACAAAGAGGGGAAGUAUCGGGCUCUGCGGAUGGAGUUCUCCCUGCCUCCGUCAACCUAUGCUACCAUGGCAGUCAGAGAGGUCCUCAAGUUGGACACUAGCAUCAAGAAACAGACGCAGCUCAACACCACCUGGUUCAACUGAGAUCAAAAUACAUUCUGGCACAAACGAGACUGUUGCUGCAGACUGCAAAGCACCUAUCUACUGUGGCUGCUUACUGUUGUGAGUGUUUGUAAGUGUAUUUUGUGUGUGUGAGUGUGCACGCGAUUGGGUUCUAUAUGUGAACUCAAAGGUAAUUUCUUUGACGUACAAAGAGAUGUAUCAUUUUCAACCUUUUUUUUUAAAGUGUUUUUACUUGCUAGGAAGUCUUUCUCUGCUGCAAUGAUUCAGCAUAUUUCGACAAUGAUUUAAGUAAUCUAAAAUCAAACGUUAAGGGUGCUCAGCAUGCUCUCUUUGUACAGCAAUAUGAGUUGUUUAAUUAAGCUGAAUGUGUGCUUUGAAGCUCUUUAAAGAGAGAAAUUAAAAAUGUUGUGUUUAUA